UACGUUUGCGCAAGCUCAGUGUUGAGAUUGUCUCAGUGCAGCUCAGUAAUAAUGGCAAGCACUACCGUUAAUGAUAGUGUAGAUGCACAGAAGCCGGAGAAUUUUGAUAAACAAACCCUUUUAGCUGUUUUACAAUUCUUGCGGAAAAGCAAUUUAAAGAGUACAGAAUCCCUUCUUCGCCAAGAAGCUAACAUUAAAGAUGAAGAUGUUAAAAUCGAAAGUGCAGAACCAAGUGAGUCUGAAGUGUCCCAUGCUUUGGCUGCCUAUAAAAGUGAGGAUGAUCCAACCCUCUAUGAUGAUUAUUAUACAGAUCUGAUGAAUUUUAUUGAAUCUUGUUUAGAUGUUCAUAAGGUUGAAGUGUCAGUGAUACUGUACCCUAUCUUUGUUCACAUGUACCUUGAGUUGGUCUACAAUGAACAUGAAGCACAUGCUAAAGAAUUUUUUGACAAAUUCUUCAAAUAUCAAGAAAAAUACUAUAGUGAAGAUUUAAUGAAGUUGUCAACUCUCUCCAAAAAGGAACAUAUGAAAGGAAACACUCUUAUGGAAAACUUCAAAUCAAGCAGCUUUAGUAUAAAGAUGUCACGUGACUCUUACAACCAAUUGAAAAGACACCUACAGGACAAACAACUGAAUCUUUUGUUGAAUAUUAUCCAAGAACAUCUUUUUAUUGAUGUUUAUGAUGGAGUACCUCGUACAAAGCAACAGAUUGAUGCCGUAGCUGGAGGCUUUCUGGGAGAAGCAAAAAGAGAAGCCAACAAAUCAAGGAUGUACUAUGGGUUACUCAAAGAACCAGAACUUAACAUUCCCGUAGAAGAUGAAGAUGAAGCAGGAGAUGAUGAUAAGCCAAAGAAAAAAAAACCUAAGAAAGACCCUCUACAGUUGAAGAAAUCGAAAAAUGAUCCAAAUGCUCCAUCCAACGCUAGGAUACCUCUUCCAGAAUUAAAGGAUCUUGACAAACUGGAAAAAAUCAAUGCUUUUCGUGAGACCAUGAAGAGAAUCAAGCUUGGCCCUGAUACAAUGCCAUCAAUUUGUUUCUAUACUUUCAUGAACUCCUACCAAGGAGUUACUGCUGUAGAUUUUUCUGAUGACUCCAGCCUAUUAUGUGCUGGGUUUGGUGAUGGAGUGAUACGUGUGUGGGCUUUGACACCAGCAAAGCUACGUAAUGUUAAAACUUCAAAUGAAUUAAAUAUCAUUGAUAAAGAAGCUGAUGAUGUUCUAGAAAGAAUGAUGGAUGAUAGGUCAAGCACUGAUGCCAAAACACUGCUUGGUCAUAGUAACUCUAUCCAUUCAGUCAGUUUCAGCCCUGAUCGAAACUUUUUAGUCUCUUCUGCUGCCGAUGGGACAAUUCGCCUUUGGAGUUUAAUGACCUGGUCAAAUUUAGUCUGCUAUAAGGGUCACAAUUAUCCUGUAUGGGAUGUCAAGUUUAGUCCUCAUAAAAUGUAUUUUGCUUCCGCUGGUCAUGACCGUACUGCUCGUCUUUGGUCAACAGACCAUCCACAACCUUUGCGAAUAUUUGCAGACCACUUAUGUGAUGUUGAUUGUGUCCAGUUUCACCCCAAUUCCAAUUAUAUAGCUACUGGUUCUAGUGACCGAGCAGUUCGAGUCUGGGAUGUCCUAACUGGAGAUUGCAUUCGCUUUAUGACUGGUCAUAAGGCCUCAAUCCAUGUCCUGCAGUUUUCUCCUGAUGGACGUUACCUUGCUUCAGCAGGUGUUGAUAAAGUUAUUCAUUUAUGGGACAUGGCAAAUGGGAACCUGGUUGCUCAACUGAAGGGACACUCAAGCACAGUGUAUUCAUUAUGUUUCAGUAAAGAAGGAGCUAUUCUGGCCUCUGGUGGCCUGGACAAUUCUGUAAAACUGUGGGAUGUAACAAAAGUUUUUGAAGAUCAAGAUUCAGAUGGUGACACUAAUAUUCCAAGCACAAUUCAUGUCAACGACAACCCAAAUUUACUUCUUGGAACUUUCCCUACUAAAUCAACGCCUGUUUUAGGCCUACAUUUUACUCAGCGAAAUUUACUUUUGGCCACAGGUCCAUUUAUACCAUAAUUAGUACCAAAGAAUCAUCAUAGUCAAUCUGCUGAAGUUUAAAAAAUAAAAUGUAAAUAAAUGAAAAGAUGUUUCAUUCUUCAAAAAAGCCAAAGAAAGCAACUAAAACAGUUUUCAUGUAAGAUGUAAACUAUACAAUGAAAAUACAAGUGACUAAAAUCAAUAUUUUUAUCACUUCACAUUUACCACAAUCAAUUCAUCAGACCAGAUGAACAAGUGGAAUUUUUGUCAAGGUUGUAUGCUUUGUGUGUGUGUGUGUGUGUGUGUAUGUAUGUAUGUGUUAUAAAAGACAGGUUUACUACUAACACAAAUUUAUCUUACAUGAUAAAGGCUUUUUUGUAUC